AUGUGACCUGAUAAAAGUUGACCUGGCGUUCAUGUGUCCAAUCGAGCUCGUUUCUGACCUUUCCCCAGGACUACCAAAGUCUUCACUAGUUAGCAGACUUGGGUCCUUGACCUCAUGGAGGUCCCCGCAUAUAACGAAGAGCAAGUUUAUGCGAAUGUCGCUUACACUGUCUGGGUUACUCGUAUAUGCCAGCUAUGUCCUUGUAUCAUUUUCUGUUAUGAUUACUUGCUCACGCUCGAUCGAGAGGUUGAGUUCAUAUGGAGACGCCCAAUGAGAUCGUCCAACAUAUUAUAUAUCAUCGUGAGAUUCGGUGGCGGCGCACUCAUAUUUGUCACUGCUUCAGCAUUUUUGAGCGAACACACUUCUAAAAAGGUAUGCUUCUGUUCAUUGUUCUUAAACAUUCAAGGGUGGCCCAGUUUUUGCGUUCUUUGGGCAGUUCAGCUCAUACUGCAGCUCCGAGUGUACGCUCUAUACCGUCGAUCUCUAGCAGUCUUAAUUGCGAUGGCUGUCGGAUUUACGAUAGAGGUCAUAACCAUGUCUAUCGUUUUAGGAAUAGGCAUGGCAGAAAAUACCAAUACAAAUACGCCAUUGCCAGGUAUCGGAAUGUGUGCUGUCACGCACGCACCGCCUAUCCUUGCUUACGUGUGGUUGCCCGAUAUUGUUUUUGGAACAUUUCUGUUCGUGCUUGCUUGCAGGAUCGGUUUCAAACGCGGUAGAUUUGGCUUCAACAUCUUCCGCAUGGAGCGAAAAGACCUUGUUGAUGCUCUCGUGUAUGGCAACGUCCAUUACUAUUUCUGCAUACUCGUUGCCAACGUUGUAAAUACGGGAAUCUGGCAAGGGUUAGGGUAUAGCUGGUUCGAAGCUCCAGAGGGGUUCGCGGCUGUCAUUGAAAUCAUCCUUGGAUGUCGGAUGGUGCUGGACCUUAAUUCAGCAGUGUCUGAUUCUGAGGGCUUGCGUCUAUUAGACUCAUUCCCACUUAAAGACUCUUUCGGUGUCAGAGAGGGUCCGACAACACUGUAUUCUGCGGUUAGCACUUAUGACCUCGAGGCUGUACAAGGUCAGCAUCGGCUUACUCAAGAGAUUGAGUUAGCUUCUCCAACUAGUCCUGAGUUUGGGGAAUGUAGCAAUCCGUUUCCUACUAUUGUACACUAGUAUACAACACUGUUUUUUUACAGAAGUUCAUCACUCUCCAUGAAUACAUAAAAAACCAC